UAGGGUUUUCACUACUUCUCUCUCUCUGCUCGGCUGCUUCAACCUAACCAAAGCUAGGAUUUUGCGGGGAGAUUUUAAAACGAAAAUGACGACCGUCGUUCCCACCUCCGAAGAAGAUCCUGUGCUCCCCGUUGUUCGGUUCAUGGCCGAUCUCUCUUGGGCCGAUGCCGGUCCAGAGGUUGCGGAGCCGCAAGUGACGAGGCUUUGUACGGAAGCGCAGGAGUGUAUGGUGAUGGGGAGAUGGUUGGAUUUGGCUUCUUUAAUGCUUACUUCUGCUGACAUAGUCUUUUCCAAGGUCUCCGAUAAAGAUCUUGAGUGUAUCUUCACUGUCAUCUGCAAUCUAGUCUCGAAGCUCGAAAAUCUAAACGAAGAACUUGAGGUGGCAAAACUCAUAUCAACAAAAAUCACUCAACAACCAACUGAUAAGCCUGCAAUGCGUUUAAAGAUCUUGUUUAAUCUCUAUAAUUUGUUGGAGGGCCCAGAUAGCCGGUUCUUUGUGUACAUGCAAGCCUUAAAUUUGGCAUUGAAUGAAAAAGUCACUGAUCAUAUUGUACCAUUUUUCAAAAAGAUAGAUAGUUUCUUGAAGGAGUGGAAUAUUGGGGUCAAGGAUCAAAGGAGCCUCUUUCUUACAGUUGCAAAUGCACUGAAAGAAAACAAAAGCUCAGGAAAGGAUUCUUUCAAAUUCUUGACCAAGUAUUUGGCAACUUUCUCCGGUGAGGACUCGUAUAUAAUGAGUGAAGCCAAGGAGGAAGCUGUGCAUGCUGUCAUAGAAUUUGUGAAGGCUCCGGACAUGUUUCAGUGUGAUCUGUUAGAUAUGCCUGCUGUUGGGCAAUUGGAAAAGGAUGCUAAAUAUGCCUUGGUCUAUCAGCUUCUGAAGAUAUUUUUGACUGAGCGGUUGGAUGCCUAUCUGGAAUUUCAGGCUGCAAAUUCUACCUUACUGAAAAGUUAUGGUCUUGUUCAUGAAGAUUGUAUAACAAGGAUGAGGCUGAUGUCAUUGGUUGAUCUUGGGUGUAAUGAAUCUGGACAAAUUUCAUAUGCCCUCGUCAAGGAUACUCUUAGGAUCAAUGAUGAUGAGGUGGAAUUGUGGGUUGUUAAGGCAAUAACUGCUAAGUUAAUCGACUGUAAAAUGGAUCAAAUGAAUCAGGUUGUGAUUGUGAGCCGCUGUUCUGAGCGCCUUUUUGGACAGCAACAAUGGCAUUCUCUUAGAUCGAGACUAGCAUUGUGGAGGGGUAAUGUUGCAAGCCUCAUCAGCACCAUUCAAGCAAACAAGGUUGUUGAAGAGGGCUCACGGGAAAUGCAAGGGAUGCCGAUUCGGUAGAGCGUUUUCUAUGGCUAUUUAUGGUUAGAAGACUCUUUAUUUAUCCCACAAUAUAUAAGAUCAGAUUUAAGUUUCUAUGGUUUUGGUUGGAUAAUGGAUUGGGAAAUUUUUAAAGUGCGUUUCUUGAAUCUAA